UAAUCAUCCAAUUGAAGAACCUAUACAAUUUGACCAAGAGCAACAAUACAAUGACCAAGAAUUUAUACAAAGUGACGAAGAAUCUGAUUGCAGUAAUGAAAAUGAUGAUUACAUAAUUCAAGCCAAUGCCGAAUUCCCUAAUUGGACAAUUCUAGAAAGUGCAUUGAAAAAAUAUGAGUUAGAGGUUGAAUUCAAGGCUAUAAAAUAUAGAAUAGAGCGUGAUAAUGAUAAUUCUAUAAUUCGUCGAUAUUUUGUUUGUGAGAAUUCCAAAGAGUAUCAAUGCAAAAAAAAGUUAGAUAGUACAGACCACAGAGAAAGAGAAUCAAAAAAAGUUGGAAAGAAAUUCGCCCCAAGUCUACGUUCACUUUCACAAGAA